GUUUAAAACAAAUAUUAAAAUACAAAACAAACUUGUGAAUUUAGAUAAAAUAUUAUAGUUUCAUCAAAAAGUAUUCCAAUAAAAAUAAUGUCUGGUGUUAUCGCAGAAGAGCAUUUUUGCUAAAAUCUAAACAAGGAAAAAAUAAUAAAUUUGAUUGAUAUAGAGGGGAUGCUCAUAGAGCGACAGGAUACAUUUUUUGGAUUGUUAUUACACUGCACUAUGAAACGACAGAACGUUAGAACAUUGUCAUUAGUCGUUUGUACUUUUACAUAUCUUUUAAUUGGAGCUGCAGUUUUUGAUUCAUUAGAAUCAGAAACUGAAUCAAGACGAUGGGAAUUUUUAACAACUUUAAAAGAUAAUUUUAUAAAAAAAUAUAAUGUUACUGCCGAAGAUUAUAGAAUGAUGGAAAUUGUAAUAAUUGAAAAUAAACCUCAUAAAGCUGGUCCACAAUGGAAAUUUGCUGGUGCAUUUUAUUUUGCUACUGUUGUAUUAGCAAUGAUAGGAUAUGGUCAUUCAACACCAGUUACAGUUGGAGGAAAAGCAUUUUGUAUGGCAUAUGCAAUGGUUGGAAUUCCAUUAGGUUUAGUUAUGUUUCAAAGUAUAGGCGAAAGAUUAAAUAAAUUUGCUUCAGUUAUAAUAAAAAGAGCUAAAACUUAUCUAAGAUGUAGUCAAACAGAGGCGACUGAAAUGAAUUUAAUGUUAGCAACUGGUAUGUUAUCUUCAAUUAUAAUAACAACAGGAGCAGCUGUAUUUUCAAGAUAUGAAGGUUGGAGUUAUUUUGAUAGUUUCUAUUAUUGUUUUGUAACAUUAACAACAAUUGGUUUUGGAGAUUAUGUUGCAUUACAAAAUGAUCAAGCCUUAAUGAAUAAACCAGGAUAUGUUGCUUUAAGCCUUGUUUUUAUUUUAUUCGGUUUAGCUGUGGUUGCUGCUAGUAUUAAUUUACUUGUUUUAAGAUUUAUGACAAUGAAUGCUGAAGAUAUGAGACGUGAAGAAGAGGAUGCAAAACAAAUGGUAGCUGCUUCAAAACCUUUAACAUUUCAAGAACCAUAUCAUAUGGUAAAUGGUCAAUUUGUAGAAAUGCGUGGUAAUUAUUAUUAUUCAGAUACUGAAGAACAAACAUCAAUUUGUUCUUGUACAUGUUUGGGAUCAAGAACUUGUCCAAAUCAUAAAGCUUUUUUAGAAUCUGAAUAUCGGCCGACAGACAUUAUUACAAGUACAUUUUGUUUGAAACGAGCUUCAGUUUGAGAAUCAACUUUUAAAUAAUUAUAGUUAUUUACAUAUUAUUAAUGUAUAUGUAUAUAUGUACAUUAUAUACAAUAUUUUAACAAGAUUUUAUUUAUGUACAUAUAUUUUGAAUAUUUUUAAAAUAAUGUAAAAAACAAUAUUAUCACAACUGAAUACAUAGAAUUUAUAUGUGUAAUUAUAAUUUAAAAAAUGAAACCUCACAAGAAACAUAUAAAAAAAUAUCAAUAUAUUGUAAUUUAAUCUAAUUUUAAAAUAAUUUUUUUGAAUAUUAUAUUGAAAUUUUUAAUUAUG